AUGUUGCCCCCCAGUGAAGAAACUGUAGAGAAGCCGUUGCCAGAAGCAGAAGCUCAGCUGCCGACAGGUGAGACCUUCCAGGACUUCGCUUCGGAGGAUGAGUUCGAAGAGUGUGAAACCAUGUCCCACAGUUCUAGCCUAAGUGUGGACAGUGGGCCACCUUUGUUCGAUGAGGUGGAUGACCCGGUGAAGCAUAUUGAUCGUCAAAACCUUCGCAAGAUGAAACAAGCCUUUGUCCUAGCGGCACUGGCGAGACAUGGAUGCGAGGGCAACGUGGAUUUUCCCAUCGCUUUGAGGUCCGCAGGCCUCGAUGCCUCUGCAUCCAACUGGCCGGGAGGUCCUGCAUGGAAGGCCAAGGCCGGUGGCAACGCGCGGGACGUGUUUCAGCCGAACGUGGCCGCUGGACCCAAAGCACAGAUGCUCUGGAAGACCUUCUGCGAAAGCUUCGAAAAGCAAGAAUUCUUCAAAACAGCUGGGGCUGGCAUAGCCUUGCUGGGGAACAUGGAAUUAGUACUUCCAGCUGGUGAACUUGUAUUCGUGCAACCGUUUCAUGGCAGACUGGGCAAUCCCAUCGACUGUUUGGUUUAUGUAAAGCAUAUUGAGUUGGAUGAUUGCCCUUUCAUCCUAGCUUUACACUCUUACCUACCGCAGGAUUCCGAUGACCACAGCCUUGAAGACGAGUUCUACAAAUUAAGUUCACAUCUUGAUGUUGUCAUCUCUGAGUUGGCAUCCGAGUUCUUCUACUAUGCCCCAAUGCGGCGACAAAGGACUUUCGGAACGCGCAACUUCGGAGCGAGAUGUCGUGAGAUGAACAUUGGUCAGUUUUCCUCUGCAGCAGAUUUUCAAGGUUUCCAAUGGGCAGCCAGUUCCACGCAAUGGAGCUACGAGAAGGAAUUGACUGAGUUAGUCAGUAGUCACACUUUUUGGGUGACUCUACCACCAACCAGCGAGCGAGUAUCAGAUGCGGCUUCCAUUGCGCUUGGUUGCUCAUUGCCGCCCUUUGAAGAUUCCGCUGUUCCUGUAAGUUCUGAAGCGGUGCUGGAAACUAUUCAGGCGGUGCUUCCAGUUCUUCAAUCAGCAGGCACACCAUGGCGUGCGCGUGGGGCUCUUGGACGCCCUUACCGAAACAGUGACUCCUCCUGCUUCGUUUGUGGAACCACAGCAGGCUUUAGAGUCUUCAGCUUGGACACCUACAAGGACGACAGCAACGGGGAUGGCACGGCGAUCAGAGAGCGCCUACGUCGCGACCCGCACCCCCACCCACGGAGUUCUGUGAUGCGGGUAGCCAUGCUGAUGCGAAGCAGCAUCUUUGCAAUGGUGGACCAGACCUUUGAAACAUCAGGGGAGCCAGCACCUGGUUGCAUGAACAAGGUGCAAAUCUGGGAGGAGCGCAAGCAGAAGGUCGUGGCAGAGCUACGCUGCCGCAACGAGGUGAAAUCCGUGGCCUUGCACAAGGACAUCAUCGUGAUGGUCUGUGAGUACGUGAUCUACGUCUACACUUCUGGUGAUGUCAAGGUGAUCCUGCACCUGGACACCGGCUCCAACAAGUUGGGUCUUUGUGCUGUGGCCACCGGCAGUGACCCGUGGCUCCUUUGCUGUCCCGCCCAGAACAAGGGUGCCAUCCGAAUUCAAUGUGGACAAGAUGCGACAGCCACCCAUGUUUUUCAGGCGCAUCAGUCGGGCGUGGCAUGCUUGGAGCUCAGCGCCUCGGGGUCCCUGGUGGCAACCGCCUCUGAGACGGGCACGGUGAUGAAGGUCUUCCGCACGAAAGAUGGAGAGGCCUUGUACAGGCUGCGCCGCAGCACUCGGCCCGCCGUCAUCUCCAGCUUGGCCUUCGGGGGGCCCGACGACUGCUAUUUGGCCGUAGCGUCCUCGUCCGUGACGGUUCACAUCUUCAAGUUGGACAAUGCCAUGGUUGCCGACGUGGAGGAGAAGGAGAACGCUUCGCCAGCCUUGGAGCCGCAACCGGAUCCCAAAUGGACAGGCCCUUUGUCUGCCAUGCAGACCCUGCAGUCAAAGGCCGCCGACGCGCUCCGGGGCUUAACUCCGCAACUCUUAGCCGAUCUGCGGAGCUUUGGGCAGUUCCACCUGCCUGAUAUGGAUGGGGGACAACCAGCAGUGGAUACUCGAAGUAAGCAAUCCAACAUAGCUGGACCCAUUUUGGCAUUUCAUAAGACCCGGACCGAGCCAAAAAUCUACAUCUUGCACUACAAUGGCUUCCUCUACGAAAUCAGCUUCGAGCCCAACUUCGAUCCCAAGGCCACGCAGGAGUGCAGCUUCCUCUCAGCCACCACGUGGUUUGCCACGCGUCCGGAUUUUCAGGUGCCCAAACCCAUCACAGAGUUCAACACAGAGCCGGGGGGUGAGGGCGGUGAGGGUGCAGCUGCCUUGCGGGUGCUCAAGGGCUUUGACCAGGAGGCCCACUUGAAGGCCUUGGCCCAUCUGGUCGUGAAACACAAAAGUGCCAGCUGCAGCCACUGUGCGACCUCUGGGGUCGGAGCAAUGGAUGAGCCCACGGGGGUUGCCCGUUCUGCUCCCCAUAAGUUGCGGCACGGACCACUGAGUUACGAGAUCUUCCGAAGGGUGGACUCCCUUCAGUUGCAUGCGCCCUUUGACCAGAAGGAAAGGGAUUUGGCAGAGAAGAGGUCCAAAUGCCAUGACACCGGGCGGAAAGAAGAGAAGUUGGCCACUCGAUUGCGGCAAUUUCUCAACGUGCUGGUGGGUGUUAGUGUGGGCUUUGCAGCAGUUGCGGUGCGCUUUGGGUGUCAGAUGCUUGGAAACUGGCGGCAAAAGGUCCUUUUGAAUCUGCUAGCUGGAAGAGAUAGCUGGAACCUGCAGUUUGGGGAGGUCUUGCUCAUCGCCAUGUCCAUGACCGGGGGCUUCGCGAUGUUGGCCACGGUGGCCGUGGUGAUGGUGCCGGCCAGCACGGGCUCGGGAAUUCCAGGCGUUUUGGCUUUUCUGAAUGGCUGCGAUUUGCGCGCUGCGUUGCGUGGGCAAGUGCUGUUGGCAAAGAUGUUUGGCACCAUUCUGGCGGUGGGGGGCGGUUUGGCCCUCGGCCCUGAAGGUCCCAUGGUGCACAUUGGUGCCAUCGUGGGCAUGGUGAUGUGCCGCCGCUGCCUGGCGCCGUGCCUCAAACGCCUGGGGCCCUUCAGCCGCACCGUCGAGGAGGAGCUGAGCCGCCAGCCGCUGCGCUACCACGUGCAGGCCGCCGUGAUGGGCGCCGGCGCCGGCAUCGCGGCGGCCUUCAACGCGCCCUUGGCCGGGACCGUCUUUGUGGUGGAGGAGGCGGCGUCCUUUUUUUCGAAGAAGUUAUUGCUGCAUUCCUUCAUCAGCUGCGCCUUUGCAGUGCUGACCUGCAAUGUCUUGUCGGACUAUGUCUUUGACCUCCCAAAGGAGACCAUCUAUUCCCCCACCGCAGCUUGUUUAGGGAUGGCCUCUUGGAUGGAUAGCCCUUGGAUGGCCAUCCAUGUGGCAAUUUUGGGAGCCCUGUGUGGCUUGUUGGCCAUUUUUUUCAAUCGCCUGGUGGUGGGCAUUGGGAUCUACUUCGCGCAGGAGGCUCAGCGUUUGGGAAGGGGCCGCAAGCUCUUUAUGAGGAGAUUUGCCUUUUCGCUGCUCAUCGGCUGCUGCUGCGGUGCCUUUGCCGUGUUGCUCCCUCAGUCGCAGCCGUGCCUUCCCUCGAGCCUCCAGAAUGCCUUCCACGGAAGCAGCGGCUGCAUCUUGGAAUCAUGGCUGCAGCAGCUGGUCUCAGGCUCUCGCUAUGUGGAAGCGGGCAAGGUCUCGCAAGAAUUCCGAGGCGACAAAGAUGCACUGGUCAUGAGCUACGAGCCCAGGGCCGGUCUCUUUGCUGCUCAGUAUAACCCCACAUACUGCCUUGCAGCAAUAGAGAUGCAGAAAGAUUGCCGAGUGCCAGGGAUCGAAAAGUACAUUGACAACAGCUCCAGCUUGAAACCCACGGACUUUUGCUGCCGCUUUCAGGACUUGGCAUCUCUGGAGCGAGGUGAAUUCUUCAACGUCAGUGAUCAACCCAAAUCCCCCAUGUCCAUGGGAGAGAAUUGGCCCCGGGGACCUUGCAGCGGACUCACUUGGGAUGACAAAGACAAAGUGACACUGGAUCACUACAGCCCCGGAGCCGCCAUCACCUUGGUUCCCCCCACCGCAGUUGUGCGCAAUCUGCUUGUGCGCGGUGCUCCCUUGGUAUUGCCCAUGUCCACAGUGGCCGCUUUCCUGCUGGGAUAUUUCCUGCUGGCAGCCUGCUGUUCAACAGCCUGGAUCCCUGGUGGCCUGUUGGUACCUAUGAUGUGCAUCGGUGCCGCGGCGGGACGUUUGUAUGGCAUGCUGUGGCACAGCAUCCUAGGCCCAGCACCUCCCUUCAAGGCCAUGCCCUGGGUACCUGAGCUGCAACCCUUGCUGCAGGCCCUCUACCCCACACCAUCGCCGCUACCCAUGGAACCUGGCAUCUUGGCAUUUGCCGGUUGCGCCGCCUUUCUCAGUGGGAGUGGUUCACUGGUGAUGUUUGUGCUGGUGCUGUUGUUGGAAGUGGCACUGGAGCCUUUCCUGAUCCCAGUGAUCUUGAUCUCAAUCCUCUCAGCCCGCAGUGUCACCUCCCUGAUGAAGGCCCAUGGCCUCUACCAUGAGCUCAUAAAUGUGCAGAGCCUGCCUUUCCUGGCGGAGACACCGCAUUGGCGUCAGUCGCACUAUGUGGUGGAAGACUUGCUCCGUCAGGACGCCAAGACCCAACGGGAGAUGUUCAGACAGAACUCCGACCUGGAAGCCAGCCAGUUCGAUCGCGAGUUCCCAGAACUCAUCACCUUGUCGAGGAGAGCCACCGAGGCUGACAUUGUGGAGGCCCUUGAGAGGAGAUUGCCAGGUGAGGACCGCACAGUGUCAGUUCAUGGCUUUCCAGUGGUGGAACCUCCAUCCACCGAGGGGGCAGGGGGUCAGCUUUGUGGACUGGUGACUAGGGAGGCACUUCUGGGCUUGUUGGUUCGCAGUCGUUCCAGGUCAGUGGAUGUGACCACUAGUGCCAGUGUGGCAGCUAUCCGAAGUGAGCGGAGUUUCAGCAGGGAACCCUUUGCCCUUCCAGCACCUGGACUGGAAGAUGUCAUGGAUUCGGCCCCUUUUGUGGUACAAGGAUCAACUCCAGUGGUUCACGCUCACAUGCUGUUUGCCCGCUGUGGUCUUCGACAUGUGGUAGUGGUUGACAGCAGCCACCGACCCAUUGGGGUUUUGACUCGCAAGAGUUUGAUGCCUUGGCGCACCCCUUGGGAAUAUGAAGACAACAUGCACCACGACACCUUCCUGGAGCAACGUGCGGCCCAUUCCCCCACCGCCUCUAGGGGCAACUCACCUCCCAACACCCCACCGCUGUCGCGGCAGGGCUCCUAUCGCCAGGGUGGGGAUCGCAGCUCGUUCCGCCUCGCUGAGCGGCGGCCGGAGAGCGGCCCAACAGGGGAGGGGUUGCUGAGCCCCUUGGCAGAGUCCCUACGCCUUACGACGAUGACGGCAGAGGAGGCGUCACAUGAUGGAGAGAUUGGGGAGGGGGAGGGGCAUUUGGUCCUGGAAGGUGCGGAUGGACCUGGUGAAGCAAGUCGCACCACUUCGGAACGGUGAGCUGGUGAGCAGUUUGACAUGCAGCGCUUGGCAUUGUUUUGCAGCGUGGCAUCACUUCCAAUCUAUUUAUGUCAUGCCAACAUGCCAACUCCAGAUUUAUAAACUGUGGUUGAUUCAUCA